AUGAAUGCAUCAACUCAACUGGUUGAAACUGUUUGCAAAAAGACCAUCAGUAACUCUGAAUGCCUAAAAGCUUUCGACUCCGAUCCUCGAUCUUGUUCAGCAUCGAAUUACAAGGAGCUUGCUAUAGUAGCUCUUGAGUUAGCUAUAGCGAAUGCAAAAGAUAGCCAAAACUUCAUAAACAAGUUGCUCAAGAGUGAUCCCAGGAAGCCAAUUAAGCUGUGUUCUUAUUUUUACGAAGGUGUGGUUGGUUCAUUCAAUAGCGCCAAAACAGAGAUAGAUGAGGAUCCGUUGACGGCCAACUAUGAUGUCAAAAUUGCAGGCGAUGAUGCAGGUUACUGUGAAACUGCCUUGAGUUCUGAAGGGGUGAAAGUAUCUAAAAUAUCUACUAGAAACCAUGUUGUCGACUUAUACAGUAGUAUUGGAGAUGUUAUCACCGACCAACUUGCCUGA